AUUCUCUCGUUGGAAUUAAGUGCUAAAGCAUUAAGACAUUUUCAAAUUUUUUUAAUGCAAAAUUUAAUAUAAUUAAUUUAGAUCCAAAAAAACUAUGAGAAGAGUCCCACGAACUCUGUAUAACUAUCAAGCAUCAAUUACAAAACCAUGAGCAAUACCUAGUUCCAGAAAGGGCAGACGAAGAGAUCCAGUAGUGAAACAAGGCCGCCUCCUGCUGCCUGUUUCUCUUCUUGUGAAACGGUAGUUUGAGCUUCUGCAAUGACAAAUAGCCAGGAUGCACUGCAUUUAACAAUUUCCAAUUGUCUGCCACAUGCCAACAUAUGGAUUCAAGGCUGGUUCAACGAGUGCAUUUACACGCCCUGGGAUAUGGUGGCUUUUGCUAUUGGGUUGUCGUCUGUCUGUUUUUGGAUUGUUGCUCAGGUGCCUCAGUUUAUCAGUAACUUUGCCAGGCAGAGUGCUGAUGGGUUGUCUCCAUGGUUUCUUGUGCAAUGGCUCGCGGGUGAUGCAUCUAAUUUGCUCGGCUGUCUUCUGACUGGUGAUCAGUUAGCAACAGAAACCAUUACAGCAGCCUAUUUUAUUUUUGCAGAUUGUGUAAUCUUAUCUCAGUACCUGUAUUACGGUUUUAAAGGGCGCAAGCAGUCUGGAGAAUAUGGAUCAGAUUCGGAUGAAUCUUUGCACAAGCCACCUAAUGGAUAUUAUGAAUCCCUUCAAAAUGGUGUAGCCACACAGUUGGAGAAGCUGCUGGAGUCAUCUGUGCAGACAGUUGUUACCAAAGCAGAUGUAGAGGGCAACCAUCCCCAGUUAGGUACAAUGAAAUCUGAAAUGUCUCAGGAAACUAAACCAACUGUCAUAGAUUCUGGGAAACCGAUUGUUCAAGUCAAGCAUGCUUCAGUAUCAAAGGUAGCUGACCCAAUUGCUGAAAACAGGGGUAAACUACGAUGUUGCUCCUGUAGUACAAGCAGGAUGAAUCAGUCACAACAGAAUACGACAUUUAGCUCUGGGCAUUAUAAUCUGCAGAAACAUCUACAAGAUUGCUGUUUUGCAACUGAUAUAAGGACUAAUUUUAAAAGAGUAGUUGGGCAAUAUGGACUAGAGUGCAACAUUCCAUCAUCAAAAAGAAAAUUGAAAAGGUAUGUGUCGAGUUCAGGAAAACAGUGUGAGGGUGCAGACUGUCAUGCAAGGAAGUCCCGUGUAAAGGUUGCCUUUUGCUUCACUGGUCUGUUAAUCCUGGCAUCCUUCAGUUGGCAGUCUUUUUCAAGUGUGCCUAAUUUCAGGAGUGCCACCCCAGAUGGGAAUGAAUUUGUUGUUUUAGGGAGAAGAAGCUUACAGGAGCUACGAGUUGAGGACCAAGGACUUUCACAGAGAACCCUACUGGAAAUAAGUGAAUCUGCAUCAUUGUGGACUAGAGAUAUUGGAUUACUAUUUGGGUGGACCUCUUCAAUGUUAUAUCUGAGUUCCCGUGCAUCACAAUUUCUUAAAAACAGGUCUAGAAAAUCCGUCGAAGGUUUGUCAUUGGGGAUGGUAAGCUGUGCAGUGAUGGCAAAUCUCACUUAUGGUGGUUCCAUUUUGAUGUUAAUAACAUCAUGGGAAGAUUUGUUUGCCAAGCUACCUUGGCUACUUGGGAGUUUAGGGACAGUAUCUCUAGACAUAAUCAUAUUGAUGCAGGCUUAUUAUUUUAGCUGCCGGUAUGGGAAGAUAACAAACGAGACCAUGCCACUUUUGGCAUGUUGAAUUAUUAUGAUAUUAUUGUAUUGUUGUGCUCAUUGCAAAAAUUUUAACAGAUGUUUACAUCAUCUAUUAAGAGGAAUUUCACAUCUUGUGAAACUCUCAUUCAAGAAAGUGUUGUAUGUAUAUUAAUGGUAACCUGUAUAUAGAUACAGCUUCAUCAAAUUGGAUUUGAUUUCAAGCUCAAAUGUUGGACUAUGACUCUUCUAAGAUAUCAUUCUGUAAAAUAUUCAGUUCAUAUCCCCUUUCUUGACUU